UAUUACACUUUCUUUCACAGAAAUUACAACAGUGAAACCAUUUUCGUGACAUUGGUUCCUUACUGCGAGUUUUGGAAGAAUUUGAGAAGAUGUCAAAAUCGAUUGCAUCCAAAAAGGUUAGGUAUCACAUUCCCGAUGAUCUUACAUUUUCCGUUUUAUCGAAAUUGCCUCUUAAAUCUUUGAAACGAUUCACCCGUGUACGCAAAUCAUGGUCACUGUUGUUUGAAAACCCUAAUUUUAUCAAAAUCUACGGCAACAAUUUCAUGUCUAGAAAUAAUGAAUAUGAAGAAGGCUCGUCUUUCAUCUUACAACAAACUCAAACUGAUAUUCCAUAUUUUCAAGAGUUAUAUUUGCUAUCUGGUGAGAGGUUAGAGAAUAUGAUGAAAUUAGAUUAUCCACAUCCAUUUCAAGAGGAGGAGAAACAAGUUAUUUAUAUUUUGGGUUCGGUUAUUAACGGCGUUGUUUGUCUCUAUCAAGGCCGAGGGCCUCGCGUUGUAUUAUGGAAUCCAGCUACCCAAGAAUCCAAGCUCCUUCCUUCCAGUCCUACCGAGUCACCGGUAUAUCAGGAGGAGGGAUAUUUUAACUAUCAUGGAUUUGGUUAUGACUAUGUUACUCGUGACUACAAGGUCAUUCGAUAUGUAUCUUAUCUAUUCUGUCUAACUGAUUCUCAGAAUGACACAACUGACUUUCAGAAUGACACGGGAGGUAUGCUACCGAAUGCCCCCGAUGACACGUGGGAGGUAUACAGUCUAAGAAACAACUCUUGGAAGAAACUUGAUUUGAACAUGUUUUCUGGUAGUCAUAGUCACGUAGGUGCCUUUGUUUAUUUGAAGGGAGCCUGUCAUUGGUACGAUGAAGGAUGGUUUAGGGAAGGUGAAUAUAAAAAUAAAGCAUAUUUGGUGUCAUUUGACUUAAGCAAUGAGAUUUUUUGUACAACAUCCAUGCCCUCCGAUAUGAAUGAUAGUUCUGAUGUUGUAUUUUGGAGGAGAUACUUGUUGGUAUUAAACGACCACAUUGCUUUUAUAUCUUAUUAUGUAGAUACCACUACUUUCCACAUAUCAAUUUUGGGUGAACUUGGUGUAAAAGAGUCUUGGACUAAAAUCUUCGUUCUUGGGCCUUUACCUUGCAUCGAGGAACCUAUUGGAAUGGGAGUAAAUGGUGAUUUAUUCUUUAGAAGAAAAGAUGACGAACUUGUCUGGUUUAAUUUGAGUACACAGAUGAUCAAGGAGCUUGGUUUUAAAGGGAAACUCCUUUCUUGUCAUAUUGUCAUUUACAAAGAAAGCCUUCUUCGCAUUGGACAGAUAAAUGAUUGAUUAUUUUUCUUUUAUAAUCUCAAAAACUUUACAUAGAAAUGGUCUCCAAUUUUACAUAGAAAUGAUUUGUAUUUUGGAACUUGAUAAGGUAACAUGGCCUCAGCCAAGAAGGCUCUUGUUCAUGGUUGAACAAUCAACUUUUUUUUUAUAACUUAUGCUACUUGAAAGAAGUUGUAACACAGUCUCCAAACUUGUUAUCAAUUGCAAUGAUGGAAUUAGUCAUCCAUGAAUUUGUGAGGCAAAGCCCAACUACUCUUCCAGCAAUAAAAAUCUUGCAUGUUUCUUGUAUAGCUAGUUUCUGGUAUUGCUGUUAGAGUUAGUAAGAGUGUUAGUUAGUAGUUAGCCUUUGUAUUUUGGGAGAUCUAUAUAUGGAUUCCUAGUUCCCCAUGUCCUAAAAAAACAAAAUGUUGUUAACAAACAGUGGCUAUCCUUUAUUAGUUUAGCCUAAAAGAAAAUAAUAAAAUCAUCAACUAUAUGUAUUUGGAAGUUUUCUCCUUGAAGACCCAAUGUGCUAAAUGCACAAGAUAAGUAUGUAUAUUCAGCUAUUAAUAAAGUUAGUUACUUUUCACAUUGAUGUAGUCAUAUCAUAUGUGUAACCGUAGCUUCUUAAUAAAGUCUUCCAACUAAAAAGAAAUCAAUAAAGUGAACUAGAUGCUAAGUUCCACAAUAUGUAAAUAGCUAUGGCAUUUCUCUUGUCAAAUAAACAAAAAAACUGAAGUACAAUCAAAAGGAAGUCAUGCUUAAGAAUGACAUUUAUAUAUCUGUCUCUCCCUCUGUGUCUCUAUUGAUUUUAUUGUAGUUGACCCUGUGUUGAAUGAGUCUAGUGUUAUCUCUAGGUUGAGUCUUCUCGCUUAUUUACUAUUAUUAUUGUUUUCAGUCUAGUUAAUUAUGUUGAAGUUCUCAUGAAUUUUUCUUUCCAAUGUUUUUUCAUUUUAAUAGUUUAGUGGAGAAUUGUAAAAUUGAUUACAUAAUUUGCAAGUGAGUUAUUGAACUAUUCACUAGAAUGAAGUCCAUAAGCUUAUCAAGUUUUAAUGUUGUAGUGUCUACUUGUUCAAAUUCAGUUGUUUGUUUGAUUUAUUUACACCGUAGACCUGUUUUAGAUCUUUGUUGAAGAGAAAAGAGAAACUAUAGGAAUGUAAUUAUGUCAAGUUUACCCUUUCCACAUGAUUGAAUACAUUCCAUUUGAUUUGUUUUUAGUAGGUAUGUUAUGCUGAAUUAUACGUGUUUGUUUUCGGGUGUUUGUAGUAUCUUUGGUCGAUUCAAUAUAUCCAUUAAUUAAAAAAUAUAUUUGAAGUUC